UACAUCUGUACAUUUACACGUAUGUGAGUGGCUAUAUAUAUUAGUUAAGUCACAUUGUUGUUGUAUGUUCUGCUUUGGUUUGGUUUGUGUUGUUGGAAGUAAAGAUAUAGUUAGCUCUCGGAAAUGGGACGGUCAGUGUGUUGGGCAGCUGGGUUAGUGAUGAUGCUGGUGGUGGCGGCAGCGGCGGACGGUGGAGAUGUUGAAUACGACGGGAGGUCAUUGAUAGUCAACGGGAAGAGGAAGAUUCUGUUUUCGGGGUCUAUUCAUUACCCUCGGAGUACUCCUGAUAUGUGGCCAUCUUUGAUUUCCAAAGCCAAACAAGGAGGAUUACAAGUUAUACAGACAUAUGUAUUCUGGAACCUCCAUGAACCUACACCUGGACAGUAUGAUUUCAGUGGAAGGAAUGACAUAGUAGGCUUUAUAAAGGAGAUUCAAGCUCAGGGAUUAUACGUGAGCCUGCGCAUCGGGCCUUUCAUUGAGGCUGAAUGGACAUACGGAGGUCUGCCAGUUUGGUUGCAUGACGUCCCUGGAAUUAUUUACCGAACUGACAAUGAACCGUUUAAGAAUCUGAUGCACAACUUCACAGCUAAAAUAGUCGGCAUGAUGAAGUCCGAGGGACUAUAUGCUUCCCAAGGAGGACCAAUCAUUCUAUCACAGAUUGAAAAUGAGUACAAGAAUGUAGAAUCUGCAUUUCAUGAGGGAGGACCAGCUUAUGUUCGUUGGGCCGCAGAAAUGGCUGUGGGACUCCGUACUGGUGUGCCAUGGAUGAUGUGUAAGCAAGACGAUGCUCCGGAUCCAGUGAUAAAUGCAUGCAAUGGUAUGAAAUGCGGAGAAACAUUUGUGGGGCCAAACUCGCCAAAUAAGCCUUCACUCUGGACCGAAAACUGGACAUCAUUCUUACAAACAUAUGGUGAAGAAGCGCCUAUAAGAUCAGCCGAGGACAUUGCAUAUAAUGUUGCACUAUUCAUAGUGACAAAGAAUGGGAGCUUCAUAAAUUAUUAUAUGUAUCACGGAGGAACCAAUUUUGGAAGAACGGGAGCAGCCUACAUUAUAACAAGUUAUUAUGAUCAAGCUCCUCUUGAUGAGUAUGGUCUGACCAGGCAACCUAAAUAUGGCCAUCUAAAGGAACUUCAUGCAGCAGUAGACUCAUGUUCAGAGACAAUACUUUCAGGAACAAAAAACAACUUAUCUCUGGGCCAAAGCCAACAAGCAUACGUAUACCAAGGAAAAUCAGGAGAGUGUGCGGCCUUUCUUGUGAAUACUGAUAAACGCGAAACAGUUCAUGUGGAAUUUAAAAAUUCUUCAUAUCAAUUGCCGCCAAAAUCAAUAAGCAUCUUACCUGAUUGCAAGACAGUAGCAUUUAACACAGCAAAGGUGAACACACAAUUCAACACACGUUCAAUGAUACCGAGCUUGAGGCUUAAUUCUGCUGAAAGAUGGGAAAUGUUCAGUGAACCUAUUCCCCAGUACAAUGAGGCCAUAAUCAAAGCUAAUAUGUUGCUGGAGCAAACGAGUACUACAAAAGAUGUAUCUGACUACCUUUGGUAUACAUUCAGCCUUCAGAAGAACUCCUCUGAUUCUAAAUCUACACUCAAUGUCGACACUCUUGGACAUGCUAUACUGGCGUAUGUAAAUGGAGAUUUUGUAGGUUCUGCACACGGGUCACGCAAAACUAAUACUCCCAGUCUGCAGAGCCAAAUUCAAUUAAACAGAGGGGUAAACAAGAUAGCAUUGCUUAGCGUGAUGGUUGGAUUAAAGGAUUCGGGGGCAUUCCUAGAGCACGUGUAUACUGGAAUACGAAGUGUGACUAUACAAGACAAACAAACUUCAAAUUACACACACUAUCCUUGGGGCUAUCAGGUCGGAUUGCUGGGUGAGAAACUGCAAGUGUACACAAGCACGGGAUCAAGUAAGGUGGAGUGGAACAAGUAUAGUUCAUCCAAGCAGCUCACAUGGUAUAAGACAGUAUUCGAUGAACCUGAAGGCAGUGAACCUGUUGCAUUAAACCUUGGUUCCAUGGGAAAAGGCGAAGCCUGGGUGAAUGGCCAAAGUAUUGGUCGGUAUUGGGUCUCAUUUCAUACCCCCGCAGGAAAGCCAUCUCAGACAUCGUACCACGUGCCUAGGUCAUUCCUGAAACCUAAAGGGAACUUGUUAGUUUUAUUCGACGAAGAAUUUGGGAAUCCUCUUGACAUCUCCAUAGACACUGUCUCUGUCACAAAAGUGUGCACUCACAUCUCAGAAUCAAGUGACCGAAUAAUUUCAUCAAAGGGGGAUAAAAAGAAGAAGCAAGAAACGUCGGCCAAAGCUCAUCUUCGUUGUCCCCCAAAAAAGUUCAUCUCCAAGAUCCUAUUUGCAAGCUUUGGUACCCCUUUGGGCGACUGUGAAAAUUAUUCAGUUGGAAGGUGUCAUGCAUCAAACUCUAAAGCAGUUGUGGAAAGGGCUUGUGUGGGAAAAAGAGAGUGCUCAGUUGGCUUGUCGUCCAAAAAGUUUAAGGGUGACCCAUGCCCAGGCGUUCCUAAACACCUUAUCAUUCAAGCUCAAUGCCAUUCUCAUCCGGACCUCUCUUUAAACUUGACAGCAAGGGAACAAAGUAACCUUCUUUCAUAGGCUUAGGCAGCUUAGGCUUGUUGUUAAAUAAAGUUCAAAAUUACUUUUAAUCCCUCUCAUGUAUUAAAUGCAGCUUAGAACGCUGCUAGUUUUGGUGCCUGUAUUCUUGGAUCAUCAAAAAAUUAAUAUUUUAUUUUUUCAA